GCGGUGAAUCUGCAUGUGCUGUUCAGUGGAGGAAUGUUAAAUUCAUUCUUUUAAAACGCUUGUGCCACUAGAUAUAUUAUGAUUUAACUAUCAGACUGGAUUCAUACCCAACUAUUAUCACUCGUUCAGCUCACCAACAUGAUUGCUGCUGACGGACACUACGUUGAUGGAUCGUGGUUGCUCACAGUUCACAUUGACGAUUUGGGAAUAGAUCGACAAGUUCGAGUACAAGGGGACUGGUCUGUGGGGGAGGUGUUAGCCAAACUAACGGAGGGUCUCCCACCACCCACCUUCAAACCGGCAAAACCGACAGAAAUUAACCUUCGUUCGGGCACACCGCGCAUCGGUUGGGCAGAACAUUGUUUAUGGUGGCCAGCCAAACACCGGUGGCUGUUGCACGGCCGUGUGAGUCUAAACCAGUAUGGACUUCAGGCAGAUGCUAGACUACGUCUUGUCCCCAUUUACGGAAGACUAAAUGUCCAACUGCCAGAUUUACAACUGCGUGAAUUUGUGGAUGUGAAUUACGCGGAACCAGUAUUCCGCAUUACUGUUUCUAUAUGCCGCCACCUGAAUAUCCGCCAUCCAGAAGAACUCUCCCUAGCCCAUCCGAUAAGCCAGUCUGAUUUGAAACAAUCUCGAUUUUUCGUCAAUGUAGUUGAUAGACGAUAUCACUCACAGGCCGCGGUUAAGCGCAGCGCGUUCCAACGUAGUGCAACAAUCGCUGGAGUUCGUACUCAGUCCAAAAACUCGCUGACAUCAGACAGUCUAAAGCAAGCUCAAAAUGGCGGAAACCCAAAUAAUACCGGAGACGGUUUGCCAAACGGCACAGCUCGUAAAACAUUAGCUGCAUCGGAUAAUUUGUUCGGACCCCCAAAGAUACGGGAUUCACGAGUCCGUAAUAUCACUAACUGGUCUCAGCCACUGAAAAAUGCAAUACCCAGCAUAAACAAUGUGAAUUUCGCACCUGGAUCAAUACAUACACUCGCCUUUGAAUUUCGUGCAUUGGAAGACCCAUCCUUGGCCUUUAGCCCAGUAGUGGGUGUGGAGGAGGCAUUUUGUAACGGGUCAAUAGUACACCCACAGAAUUUCCUCCAACGAUUACGCUUGAACAGUACAUGGUUGGAUUCAUCCAAAUCUCUCAUGGAACAAGGUAUCGAUAUGAGACCUUGUACGGUUUAUGAGAUGGAUGGUCCAGUGGGUCACGUGAAUGGACAGAAGACCAGUUCCAAUGACUCAUCCAGGAAACCCAUUGUUCCCACUCUGGUGUUGCGAUACAAAUACGGCAGUUUCUAUGACCUGAAUGCCAAGUAUGAUAUUGUUCGAAUUAACCAACUAUAUGAACAAGCAAAAUGGUCUGUGAUAUCUGAAUUGAUCGAGGCAACCGACGAUGAGGCAUGUCUCCUGGCUGCACUACAAGCUCAUGUGGAAAUCGCCACCGAACGGGAGGAGCAGGAGUUGACUGAAAAUGCGACCUCGCCCCCUGUGAAUGGCCCUGACCAACCGGAUAAUACAACACAAACAGAAUCAAACCAGUCCAUCAAGAAAAAGCUCCUCCCGCUUGUCGUUGGACAUAACCGAGACACAUCACCAAUAGGUGGCUACCUAAGGCACAGUCACAAUCCUCGCUUAGCUCCGACCCGACCUCUGAGUGUUGUUGAACUGGAAUCGGAGAUCGAUGCAAUACUGGAUGAUUUGUCAAACUAUGAUGCGGCCGACGCAAUCAGCAUUGGCGGCGGCCGGAGAUCGCGAGCCAGAAGACGAUCAGCCAGACCAGUGAGUCAAGCGCUGAGCAUCCAGAGUGAGGAACAACUUGAUCCCGGUCCGCCGAAACUCACUGGUUAUAUCAAAGUAUGCAAACCGCGACGGUUUGGCUUGAAAAUGUUCCGAAGAGUUUAUAUGGUUGCGGAUGGACUAAAAUUGUCAGUCUACAAGAAUGAAGAUGAGUUUGUGAGCAAGACUGAGGCCUUCGAAGUAAUCUACCUGCCUGGGUGUGAAGUUCAACCAGACCUGUGCCUAACAUCUGAACGUUAUAGCAUUCGGUUGUUUGUACCGAUUUCAAGAACAAAUCUCCCGCUUUCGGCUGCAUUCAACCUGGGCGCGAUAGAUGAUGUACGGGGACAAGACGAAGAAAUAGGCAUUAGCGGUCGUCUGAAACGUCGUGCAUCCCUUUUGUCCUUGACAUCGUUGUCCCAAUUCGGCGCUUCGUUUGGACUACAACCUGCUGGUGGUUCUUCUGGUGGUGCAUUGUGUGGAGCCUCGGCCGCGGUCCUUGGUCUCGUCAACGAAAUAGUGCUUCGGUUGCCAGACACGAGUACUUAUGCUGAUUGGUUGGCAUUUUUGCGCCUAGCGACUGCCGUUCCCUUGAUGGGUUUGCCUACCGGGGAGGAUCGAACUGACUGGGAUGGAACGGUCCCUCAUGCGGAAUGGGCAUCCAUUCUAACCCGUGAGAUUUACGACGCCGAAAGAAAAGCGAUUUCCGGUCUCGUCCAACUCAUAUCUCCCAGUGUGACUUCCGGCGACAAGGUGGAUGGAGGCCUGCAAAUAACUGCCCUACAUACCCGCUUGGAGAAACGGUUUGCAGACUUCUUACCAAUGAGACUCACCCCGGCAAAGAAUACACUGCGUCAAAAGUCCAGGGAUCUCAUAGAUUCGGGUGGAACCCUUGGUCGAACAGCUACCCUGCCGCCGGAUGGACGAACACCAGCACAUGCUUCAGGUGGUGUCCUAUCCGGGCCGCAUCGAGCUAACCUGAUACGGCGUAUUUGCGUGGCUUACUCUCGUAUCCAUGACCUGAACAGUAUUCAAGCGAAGAUGAAGUAUAUCAGUGCGUGGGAACAAAUGCCAAACCAUGGAAUAGCAUUCUUCCCUGCUCGUCUUGAGGUCACCCUACCCCUGUCCAGCCUGGUUGGCGGUGAUGAACAAAAUGAACGUCCUCUGACACGUGGUGUGCCAUGGCUUCAUCAACCUCUGGGUGGAGGAAACAUCACCGUUUCUUCUAGCCGACGCGUAGAAGCAGUUGGAAUCGGGCCCACACGGGUAUUUCGAUGUGACAUACAGACGGGUGAUAUCAUGUCUAGCUGGCGUCUGUCGGCUAUUCAGGGAUGGCAUAUAAACUGGGAACUUGGAGAACUAGUUUUGCUACUGGCGCCACCUCAACUACCCUUAUCAAAACGAGGGGUUGGGGAAAGGGAGCGAAGUGUCAGCCCGCCACCUGCACCCACAACCUGUCCGGGAAGAGUGAUUAUCCGUCCGGUGGAUGUGUCCGUCCGAACUGUCGCCGAAUUUCUGGGUGGUUACACAUUUUUGAACCUUCGUUCCCCUGAAAAGAAUCAAGGUUUGGACGAGAGCGUCUUCUAUAAAUUAACCACAGGUUCAACUCUUCCAGUGUCCCAAGGAACUCUGUCGUAAGAGACCUAGUCGCAUGAAUAGCUUUCAAAUCCGGUGCAGAUGGAGCUAGAAUACCAAUAUACCGAUCCCGCCAUUAUAGCAGCUUAGCUUGCUGAGAUCCUGCAUUCUUGUUUCUUCCCCCAUUAUUUUUUGCAUCAGUAUCAAGAACUACCUUUCUGAUUUCUAUCCUGAACCGCUUCUUCCUCUCACCUUUUAUUCGAUCAUUUAACUAUACUGCGCUUCUUGUCUAUUCUCUUUGAGUUUUGCACGGAUUUCAAUUUGUCUUUCAUUCAUUCAUACACACACAUGUGCUAGGCCUGUUUAUUGAUAGUCUUGUUCUCCUCGUCCCCGAUGUGGAAUUUCGCUCUAUCUUUCUCUCUGUCUUAACUUGAAGCCUGCGGUCUUCAGUCAAAUCAUCCUUCUAAUGUAAUCGACUCAUGAUUCUCCUCCCUAUUCGCAACCGUUCUUGUUAAAUUUUUGGUCUUAUGUGCGUCCACAAGGCGAUCAUAUGAAUAGCCUUCACUCGUUUUUGCUACCAUGAUGACACUACAAACACUGAGAUGCAUACGUAGAAUGGAAGAGCUAGAUCAAUUUGUCUAAUCUAAUGUCUUGUUUUGCUUUUUUCCUGGUUUUUCUUUCUGCUUUCUUUUGUAAAUUAAUGCGUCACCGAACAUUUUGUUUGUAUUUAUUUCGUGUGUGUUUGUGUGUGAACAGUUGUGAAAAGAUUCAAUAAGCAGCUGUUCCCGGUUUGUCGGUUUUGAGAGUUCUGCUUUGGUUGUUCAAGUGUAUGUUUGCCCAGUAAGGAGUUGACGUAUU